AUGGCUAAAUUUAAUAUUUCUCAAGUUGUUACAUUUUGUGGUGUACUGUUAGACUUAGUUGUUCCACUUGUUGAUUAUAGGAUAAAGUUAAUUGGAGCAACUCAUGUCAAGCAUCCCAAGAAGAAGUUACAUGAUGAUAAAGUACAAAGUGAUCUUGCUUAUUUGUCUUUCACUGAAGAUUUGGAUUCGAGGACGAAUCCUUUUCAAGAAGGGGAGAAUAAUAGGAACCAGGAUACAUGGAACCCAAUAAGGGUCCAUAGUGUGUUCAUCACAAGGCCUAUCACUACAUCCUUAAAGCAUCAUUGGUGGAAGAAACAAGAAUGCCCAAAAAUAAUUCCAUUUGAUAGAGGAAGGAAUUAUAGUGGCCCAUUUCAAGUGAUAUCACAGAUUGAAGACAAUGCUUAUAAGAUUCGAGGUCGAAUCAUUUUUAAAGAAGGGGAGGAUGAUGCGGCGCAACAUAAUGAAGAUCCAUUGAGAGAUCAAUUGAGCCGUGUGUUUUGGGCCGAUGGUGUUGCAAGAAAACAGUUUAGCUUAUUCGGAGAAGCCAUGGCGUUUGACGCGACAUACCAAACGAACAAGUACAAGCUAGUGUUUGUUCCAUUUACCGGCGUAGACCACCAUAAGAGAUGUGUUACAUUCGCUGCGGGAUUGAUUGCUAGCGAAGAUGAGGAGUCUUACCGUUGGCUUUUAAUCAACUUCAAAAAAGCAAUGGGGAGAACCCCACCAAUAACAAUCACCGAUCAAGACCCAGCCAUGAAAGUUGCCAUUGCUAUGGAGUUUCCCGAGACCCGUCAUCGUUUCUGCAUGUGGCAUAUAAUGACUAAAGUUGGGGACAAAGUAGGAGCCGAAAUGGCAAAGAAUACUGAAUUUCGUCGCGCGCUAAACAGUGUUGUGUGGAAUGAAAAUUGUAUGCCUGAAGAGUUUGAGAAUGGUUGGAAUGGUGUUGUGCAUAAAUAUGGGCUACAAGAUAAUGGAUGGUUGAAGCUUAUGUAUGAGCAACGUGAAUCAUGGAUACCUGCGUAUUUCCAAGAUAUGUUUAUGGGAGGGCUGUUGCGAACAACUUCUCGUUCGGAAUCCGAGAACAGUGUUUUCCGAAGUAAUACUAGUAAACAUAUGUGUCUUGUGGAAUUUUUCUAUCAGUUUGAGCGCACAAUCAAUAGGCAACGAAGUAAACAAGCUGAAUUAGAUGCCGCUUGCAAUGGCCACCUUCCUACCCUAAAGACACCGUUGAGUGUUGAGCGUGAGGCAGCGUCAAUAUACACAUUGGCAAUUUUUUACCAGUUGCAGGGAGAAAUAAUAGGUGCAUGUUUCUCCUGCCGAGUGCGAUCAUUCGCAGUUAGCGAACCUACCCGGACAUACGCAAUUGAAGACGAUAAAGGGAAGUCAUACACAGUGGUAGUUGAAAAUGGGAGCAACAACAUCAGUUGCACAUGCCGAAUGUACAGAAGGAUUGGGCUGCUUUGUAGGCAUGCUUUUGUAAUACUGAAAGAUGAGCGGUUCGAUCAUAUUCCACCACAGCACAUCACUCCACGUUGGACACGGGAUGCUGCUCAAAAAACAAGUCGUGAUCCGUACUCGUGCACGCAAGCGGAAGAAUUACAAAGUGUAGCUAAGAGUUUGGAGGAAACCCAGGUAAUAAAUACUUUCUACAAGUGUUUGGGAUUAGCUAACGGGANAACGUCAAUGUCCGGGGACAAAGACAGUGGGGAGGCGAAUCUUGGAAAACGUGCAACAAUGGAAACAUACUGUGGGAUACCAGCUCCGGAAACAAUCCUAGUGCACCCGCCACAAGUAUCGAAGAACAAAGGUUCUGGCAAACGAAUUAAAUCGAUGAAGGAGAUUGCGAUCAAGGGAAUGAGAAAGAAAGGGCGUACAUGUGCGACAUGUGGACUGGCGAACGGACAUAAUAGCCGAACUUGCCUUAAAAGGUAG